AUGUCCCAGCCCCGUGAAUUGGGCAAGGGUUCUGAGAAAAUGGCCAUCUCAUAUGCGAGUGGGCUGGAGGCCGAUCAUACUCAGGUCCUUCCCUCCUUCAGAGAGCUACUCCCCCCUCACCUUCACGAUGAAAUUGAGUCGACUUCCUAUCUUAGUGCUCGGCAACAUUCGCGCGAGCGCCCCGCAUCAGCAAGCCGUGAUAUGACUUCCAACCCCAGGCCUUUAUCUGGAGAUUUCGGUCAUUUUCAGCCCCAGCUGUCCCGGAACACACCACAUUACCCUUCCCGUGGUCCCAGUCCUAUCCUGCCGCCUAUCAGAGAUCUCCAACAGGGAUUGAAUGCAUCGACUGUCCCUUUCCCGGAUUCCAGAGGGCUUUCGAGACCGGACCCCUUUGGGCCUACCACACAGGAACUUCGGGGGAGACCUGCCGGCGCGCCUGGUUUCUCUUCAGCCAAUCGUCCUCGGCCAAUGGGUGAGAGAGGUGGCACAGAUGCCUACAAUGGACCGGCUGUCAUACAUAACCAGAUGGCCUAUCCUUACCCAAUGGCCUACCAUAGCGAUUCCGAGCAGACAUCCCCGCAGGGAUUGUCGCAUACUCAACCUUCGAACUUCGGCAUUUUGGGUGAUCCGAUCGACUCCAAGAACAAACGUAGGCGGGGGAACCUGCCCAAGCCAGUCACUGAUAUCUUACGUGCCUGGUUUCAUGAACACUUGGACCAUCCUUAUCCUAGCGAGGAGGAUAAGCAAAUGUUUAUGACCCGCACCGGGCUCACUAUUAGCCAGAUCAGCAAUUGGUUUAUCAAUGCGAGACGGCGACAGCUACCUGCUCUCCGGAACCAGAUGCGAACUGGUGGAAGUGAUCUCGAUUCCCAACGCCAAUCCCCCUUUAGCGAUGUGGAACAUGCCUCCUCAGAAUCUAUGCCAUCCCCCAGCCAGCUAGCCUCGGCGAGGUGA